CUUGAGUUGAGAGCUCAUCGUGUCCCCAACCCAAAACCAGCCCAAGCGGCAAAACCCUCGCCGGCCGCCGUUCCGCAUUCUGCCGCCAUGCCGGCGCCGGGAUCAGCCGCGCUUGGCGUCGAUGAGCCCCGCUCCGCCUCGGCCAUCGUCGGGGCCACGGUGACGGGGCACCACCUGCUCCACAUCGACGGCUACUCGCGCACCAAGCAUAAGCUCCCCACUGGCCAAUUCAUUAAAUCUCUCCCUUUCAGCGUGGGGGGUCGCUCCUGGUGUAUCUCAUACUACCCCAAUGGCCUGAGAUCCGAGUACGCCGACUUCGUAUCCGUCUUCCUCCACCUUGACAAGAGUGCCGGCGAACCCGUGAAGGCACGAACCAAGUUCUGUUUGCUCGACCGGGCAGGGAAACCAGUGCCAUCGAACACUUCUACCACAGAACCAUACGAGUACCUCCCCGGUGGCGUCGGGUUCGGCAUCGCUCAGUUCAUUAGCACGGCGUUCCUGGAGAAGUCGGAGUACCUCUUGGACGACUGCUUCAAGAUCACUUGCGACAUCAUUAUGUCCGAGGAGCUCCGCACGGAGGACAGGAUCGCCGCAUCGCCGUUUGUGGCAGUGCCACCAUCUGACCUGAAUCGGCAUCUUGGCGAUCUGCUCGCGGCUCAAGAUGGCGCCGACGUCACGUUCCAGGUUGCCGGUGAGACAUUCAGGGCGCACAGGUUUCUCCUUGCGGCCCGGUCGCCAGUCUUCAAGGCAGAGCUCUGGGGCACGAUGAAAGAGAGCGCCGCCACAAUGGUUUCUCUCCGGAUUGAUGACAUGUUACCUCAGGUGUUCAAGGCUUUGCUACAUUUCAUAUACACCGACUCACUGCCGGAGAUGGAGGGGCAAGAGGAGGCUGUGAUGGCUCAACGUCUGCUGGAAGCGGCGGUGAGGUACGGCAUGCCGAGGCUCAAGCUCAUCUGCGAGGACAGGUUGUGCAGGCACCUAGACGUGCGCACGGCCGCAACAACGUUGGUGUUGGCUGAACAGCACAACUGCCAUGGACUGAAGGAGGCUUGCAUUGAGUUCCUUAAAUCUCCUCGUCUACUGGAAGCGGUCGUGGAAACCGAUGGCUUUGAGCAUCUGACUAAAAGCUUCCCUGCUCUUGUUAAGGAGUUAAUGUGCAAGCUAGCUGCCCAUUGAUACGGAGAACCAAAUUAUGGACAUGUGCAUGGUGUUUCAGUGUAUACCUGGGUAUUCUGAAAAUUAAUAAAUAAA